CAAACAAGUUCUGAGCAGUUUGGCAAUUGCUGACACCAGUUUUAUGGGCAUUGCCCACACUGUGCUCAGCUCUAGAUCUCAUACAUGAAAAAAAUUACUUGUUCUGAAAAACAAAAGCACAAACAAUAGAUCUAUUUUUUCUCUAGAUAACUUGCUCUCGUAGGAAAAAGAUAUGCUAAGCCCAGUAAGGUUUUCGAGCUGCCGAGGCGUGGCGUUUGAGAUCAAUCGGCAGCUUCGUGCAGAUCCCUUUGCCAUCGAAAUACCAGCCGCGGAAGUGACCCCGAGCAACGCAAUAUUUUGGCAGAGCUCUUCCAGAGAGUUCCGGACUUCUUUCAUUCAGAGGUCUUUAAGUAAAACCAGCAGCCACUUUUGUGAUCUUGACCCAAAUGAAGAUGACGAAGAAGACACAGACAGCUUACAGGUUGUGCUGGAAGAAGGAACUGACAAGGAGAAACAGAAGCAAAGCCCACUUCCACUUCUGGCCAUUAGCAAACGCAAAUAUCCAUCAAAGCCUGCUCAAAAUAAUUCGAGGCUGUCGAUUAUACUGCUCGAUCAGGGGUUGCUCACAGUUUACAAGCGACUCUUUGCGGUUUGCUUGGUUCUGAAUAUGACUGGCUUGGUUCUUGCUGCCACAGGGCAUUUCCCAUAUGCAAGACGCAGGUCGUCGCUCUUCUCCAUUGCAAACAUACUUGCUUUGACGCUCUGCCGGAGCGAGGCCUUCCUCCGUAUUAUUUUCUGGCUCGCGGUGAAGAUAUUUGGGAGACCAUGGGUCCCUCUGUUUCUCAAGACUGCGACUACAUCUCUGCUUCAAAGUCUUGGCGGAAUACAUAGUGGCUGCGGUGUCUCUUCGAUUGCAUGGCUAGUAUAUGCCUUAGUCCUCACCCUCAAAGACAGAGAAAACACGUCACCUGAGAUUAUAGGUGUGGCCUCCACUAUUCUUGGCCUUCUUUGUCUGUCUUCUUUGGCAGCAUCCCCUCUCGUCCGGCAUCUCCACCACAAUGUAUUCGAAAGAACGCAUCGCUUUGCUGGGUGGACUGCUCUGGCUCUCCUCUGGGCCUUUAUUAUACUCACAAUUUCUUAUGAUCCAAAAACCAAAUCUUACAAGAAUGAUAUAGGCUCCAGGCUGAUUAAAGAGCCAGUGUUCUGGUUCACAGCAGCCAUCACGCUGCUAAUCAUUUUGCCAUGGCUAACCGUGAGACGAGUAGCCGUUAAUGUCUCUGCACCGUCAGGCCACGCCUCAAUCAUCAAGUUUGAGGGCGGAGUCAAAGCUGGCAUAUUGGGGAGGAUCAGUCCGUCCCCUCUAUCUGAAUGGCACGCUUUCGGCAUCAUUUCUGAUGACAAGGAGCACAUGAUGUUAGCAGGUGCUGUUGGGGAUUUCACCAAGUCCUUGGUCUCAAACCCUCCAAGCCAUUUGUGGGUUCGACAGGUGCACUUUGCGGGCCUGCCUUACCUCGUUAACAUGUACGAGAGGGUUGUGUUGGUGGCAACCGGUUCAGGGAUAUGCGUCUUUCUAUCAUUCCUGUUGCAGAAAAGUUCAGCUGAUGUGUGCUUGGUCUGGGUAGCAAAGGGAAUCGAGCAAAACUUCGGAAAGGAAAUCAAAGAGAUGGUUAGUGGAUGGCCGAAAGAGAAGGUGAUUGUCCAUGAUACCGGUGUGCUGGGACGUCCCAACGUGUCUCAAUUAAGUAUUGAAGCUGCUAGAACCUGGAGAGCAGAAGCAGUCAUCGUAACCAGCAAUCCAGAAGGGAGUAGGGACGUUGUGAAUGCUUGCAAAACCGUAGGAAUUCCUGCCUUUGGUCCGAUAUGGGACUCGUAA